CGUGGACCGACCCGUUCCUCACACAGGAGAUGGACUUGUUCCUGAACCAGGAGGAGUGACGUGACUCUGCAGACCCUUCGGAGAAGCUGCAGCUCCCAAGCCGCUCCAGCAGAAACCAUGAACCAGCUUCCAGUCUUCGUCGUCUUCAGCCUUCUGGUGUCUGAGUGCUACGGCGGCUGUGCCGAGGUGGACUCUGAGACUGAAGCUGUGGCCGGGGGAGGAUUCCUGCUGGGCUGCAUCUCCUGUAAGACACGGGAGGAGGUUCCCGCUCGGGCCACGGUGGACUGGCACUUCAAGCCAGCCGGAGAGGAGAAGUUCAGGCAUAUUUUCCACUAUGACCAUCCCAACGCCACCGUCUUUCAUCCGGACUUCCAUGACCGCCUAGAGUGGCAUGGGACGCUCAACCCCGAUGUGCAGACCGGCGCCGUUUACCUUCAGAACGUCACCUUCAAUGACACGGGGACCUACCGCUGCACCUUCCGCCGCACGCUUUUGCUGUCCCUGUCUCACCAGCUGGUCAUCGUGGAGAAAGAGGUGGAGCUCACAGUAGUGGCUGAAGCGAGUCCGGAGCUGGUCGCUGUGGUCUCUGAGAUUAUGAUGUAUGUGCUGAUCGUGGGGCUGCAGCUGUGGCUCAUCGCCGUUCUGAUCUACUGCUACAAGAAGAUCUGGGACGAGCACGAGAGGCACGAGGCCAGGAAGGCCCUGAGAGCUCAGGCCGAACUGUUGCAGGAAAAGGAAAACGGUGGAGGAGACCAGACGGAGAAACUCGACAGGAAGGCGUCUUUGGAGUGAUGAUGGCUUCAACACAGAAGUCCACAGAAACAUGUUCUUUUAAUAGUAUUCUUUGUUUUUCUUUUUUUCAUAAGAGAAGUUCAGUGCAGGAAAUGUACUUCCUCUCAGGAAAUGCAAAAUGUAAAUAAAAAUUUUGAUGCUUAUAUAAA